CUAUUAUUAAACGCAUAGCCUACUUUUGUCAGUCUACAACCUCUUCUCGACGACCUCAGUUGAAAGUAAAAGGAUUUUUAAAAAAAUGUCUGAAAGAAGCCCUACCCAAGGUCAUCCUGCAGCCUGUCAAGAACACAAAAGAGUGAAGAUCAACAGAAGUAGCUCUGUUCACUGCGAUAUCAUUGCUGUCAUAGAGAAAUUAAGUGAUGAACAGUGGACUGUUGUGACAAGUGGAAUGCAGGAUCAGAUGAUGAGACUGGACUUUGUAGAAUUAUGCUUAGGCUUUAUUUCACAUUUGUCGAAAUCUACAUUUAAGAAGUUUAAACCAGUUGUUGUCCAAAUCAUGGACUAUGAUGCAACUUACUUGGAGGAUUCUCAGCUGCCUCAGAGCUCAUCUGAUGCUGCUGUAUUUAAAGGGUCUCCUUCAAAUUUACCUUUUGUCCGCACAUUACGUGGACAAAUUCGUCAGGAGGUCAAGAAGGCCUUCAUUGUGACUCUGGAAAGGAUUUCCCUAAGCACUCCACCCACUGGACCUGGUGCUGAUGGGAGAGGCCCAGCUCUUCAACUAGAGGAGGAGACCUUAAAAGUGCUCACCAAGAGACUGGAUGCACGGAUAUUGGCUGCCAGUGGCCUUUCUGGGGAAGAACAGCUCCUCAAAAAGGCAAGAGAUAUCACAAAGAAAGUGGUGAUUGCUGUUUUGACUCUCAUUGAGAGCUCCUGUCUCCAUUACGAGCAUCCUGAAGCAACCACUAUCCUGUUACAUGCACUGGCCAAGAAGACCAAACUCCUGGCAUCUUCAAAAGCCUCUAAAAGCACACUCCAUCCUGGCUUUUCCUUUGGCUCCAGCUCUUUGAAGAAGGUGCCUCCCCUUCUGCUCACCGCUGACUUUAAGACAAAGGCCACCAAAACUGUACUCCAUGUGCUUCUACAACAUGUCAAGUGUCCAUUUGUGGAUUGCACAGCCAAACAACCAAAUGUGUUAAAAGCAGAGAAGAUAGCAUCGCCAAAGAAGUGUGCUGUAUUACCCUACAUCGUUACAACAGAUAGUCUCACAACAGGCAUAGUUGGCACUGUUCUUGACAUCCUGGUUGCAGUGUCAGAAAUCGGUGAAGAGAGUAUUUCUUUGUCUGCCACCGACAUGUUUGGCAAAGUACAGCAUAAAGUCAAGCACUUUUUGAUCUUGCAUAAGGAAACUGGAAUGGGAAAUGAAAAGGGAAGUGGAGGUUCUCAGCCAUUCAAACAAAGCUCAAAAGCUGCUGGAGACAUGGAAACAGAAAUGAGUCUUGCAGCCACUGAAUGUGUUGACGAUGUGAUGCUCCAUCUGAAUGAAGUUCCUAGCACCAGGAGGGGAAAAGUAAAUGGUACAGGCAGUAUUGCUUCUUCCACUGACAAGAUAGGACCAAAGAAAAGUGCAAAGGAUUUAAAGUUAAAAAUAUGGGCAGCAAUUGAAACUCCACUUUCCUUAAGCGAUCAAUGCUGUUCACAGAAAGGGCUGUCAGAGGAGUGUUAUACUGGUCAGAGACAUGGCAAACAAGAUGCAGGACACAAGGAGAGGACUUCCCCAAGGGUCAGGCCCUCUCCCAAGAGGCCCUCUCCCAAGAAACCCUCAAAGGAUUUUCAUUUAACAGCAGGAAGAAAGAGCACAGUUUACUUUGAUAAACAAAGUUCAUGUGAGAAUGUACUUCCAGCUGAAACUCAUUGUGACAAAAUGGUGGUGGACCAUAACAACACUGAGCCGCAAACUAAAGAUGUUGUCAGAAAGGUUAUGACUCUGCGUAUUCAUGAAGUGAUCAGGAAGGAGCGUUCACAUUCACAGGACAUUGUUCUCUACGAAGAGGAUAUAGCACGUUCUCGCCCAUUUGCAUCUACUGUGGAAAUAACUCCCACCUUGACCAGGAUAACUGAGCCUGAGAUAGGGGUGGGUACACCAGUUGCUACUGCAUGGUCUGCUUCACAGAAGAAGGAAAAGUGCAUGUCACAGAAACCCUCUACUACAGCAAAGAGAGCUGAAGCUGAUGGAAUGGGCCAGGUUUUGGCAAAGUUGGAAUAUUUCAUUAACAAUGGAGGGCUUCGGCAGUUUUCCUUUGACCUUACCAAUCAGGUGUGUCAUCUACUGGAAAAGAACACCUGCCAGAGAUGCAACCUGCUGGCUGGCCGAAGCGUUUCCGACACAGAUCUACCAUCACUGCAGAGACGAAAUGAUGCAUACAUGUUAACUGAGGAGUCUGUGAAAAAGUUCUUGCAUCAGCUGCUGUUCCCAUCUUGCCCAUGUAGAGUGCGUGUCCCAGAGGACUUCAUCCAGGGAACCCCGAGCUCCAACCCCUGCAUGGCAAAGGAAGCACAUGGAAGCUGCUCUGGAGACUCUAUCUGUUCCUCUCAUGCCCUGGAUGAAACAACCAAAUUGCACUUGCUGAUAGACCGGCUGGUGAGCGAAACAAUGAGAGUGCUUUCUGAAAUAUUAGCAGCUUGGGCGCGGCCUCCUUGCUCAUGCCAGAGCAUACAUUUCAACGAGUUGGCAACGAAGCCGGAGGAAGCUGGAAUGGUGAUCAUGGCUUCCAGUGAGGUUGAACUUCCCAGCCCCAGCGCAGGCCAAAGAAGCAAGGUUGCUGCUUGCCCCAACAGAUCUUUUGAGGUGUCUGAUACUGACUGGGUUGACAUCAACCCAUGCACUGGAGAAGAGAGAAAGAACAUAAAAAAGAACAAAAAAUCAAAUGUGUCUAGGAGGAUCAAUGGAAAGCGCCUCUCUAAGAAAAAUGCUGUGUCCCCAAUGGUGCUGAUACAGGACACAAACACAUCAGCAAUAAAUCCACAAGAGGGUCAUUUGCAGGAGGAUCCUUCAUCUACAGCUACAGUUGGACAUAGUUACAAAAAUAACAAUGGAUCUACAUACAUUAAUUUGUCAGAUGCCUUUAUUCAAGGUCAGGGCAGCAAAGCACAAACCUCCACAUCCCAGACAGAAAAGGGCUCUGAGGAGAAAUCCAAGAAACAAAACAUUUUUGCCAGAUUCUUUUCAUCCAUCUCCAAGUCUGUACGGAAAUGCUUUAAAAAGUGCAGAAGAACCUAA